AAACACAUUGCUACCUAAUAAUUGCUAGAUGGCGAUUCGUCUUGGCUGGCCAUUUUUAGGAAUGCUCUUCCUAAUAAUUUGCCUGUUAGCUUCUGCAAAGCUAGUGAUGCCAACCACAGAUAGUAAUGUUACCGCUUACUUCAAUCGAACAUCCUUUCCAGAGAAUUUCAAGUUUGGGGUAGCCUCAUCCUCUUACCAGUGCGAGGGUAAUAUCGGAGGUCACAGAGGUCAGAGUUUAUGGGAAAAUUUUACUCGAUCUUACCCAGAAAGGAUAUCUGGUGGCACCAACGCACUCAUCGCAAAUGAUUUCUUCAAUCGCUUCGAGAAUGAUCUUGAAAUAUUGGAGGACAUGCAUAUGGAUGCUUUCAGAUUCUCUAUCAACUGGGCCAGAUUACUUCCCAGUGGGAAUAUAAGCGAAGUGAACCCGCAUGGAAUUGAUUUCUACAACAAGGUCAUCAAUGAAAGCAUAGAAAACGGUUUAGAGCCUUUCGUAACUAUCUUUCAUUGGGAUAGUCCUCAAGCACUUGAAGACAAGUACGAAGGGUUUCUAAGUUAUCAAAUUGUGAACGAUUUUCGAGACUAUGCUGACCUUUGCUUCCGGGAAUUUGGUGACCGAGUGAAGUACUGGAUUACUUUAAAUGAGCCACAAAAGUUCGCCACUGCUGGCUAUGAUACAGGUGACUUUGCACCGGGCCGAUGUUCCAAAUGGGUGAAUGAAACGUACUGCAAAAAAGGAAACUCUUCCACUGAGCCUUACAUAGUUGCCCACCAUCUCCUCCUUUCUCAUGCAGCAGCAGUAAAGACAUACAAGGAAAAGUAUCAGGCAUCUCAAAAUGGGAAGAUUGGGAUAACAUUCAAUACCCCUUGGUUCGAACCCUAUUCUAACAGUACGGAUGAUUAUGAUGCUACCAAAAGAUCUCUUGAUUUCUCGCUUGGUUGGUUCUUGAAUCCUAUAACAUAUGGUGACUAUCCGACCAGCAUGCGGGAAUUGGUUAAAGAAAGAUUGCCAAAAUUCUCUUCACAAGAUGAAGUGAAUGUAAUAUUUGACUUUGUUGGAUUAAAUUAUUAUACUGCAUAUUAUGCAGCAAAUGCAAAUCCUGCUGACCCAGAUCAUCUUAGAUAUCAAACAGAUUCUAAUGCCAUAAUUCAAGCAAAACGAGAUGGGAUCCCCCUCGGUCCACAGGCUGGUGCACCAUGGCAGUAUGUCUAUCCAGAGGGGAUAAAAUAUCUUUUGAAUCACAUCAAAGACAAAUACCAAGAUCCAGUAAUUUACAUAACCGAGAAUGGGUACAGCCGCGUGCUUGCUAAAUUUUCAGAUUCUGAAACCUUGGAUGAUAGUCCAAGAAUAACAUUCCAUUAUAACCAUCUGCAGAAUAUUCUAAAAUCUAUCAACGAUUAUAAAGUUAAAGUCAAAGGUUACUUUGCAUGGACUUUCACCGACGACUUUGAAUUUACAGAUGGAUACAACGUAGGAUUUGGUUUGGUGCACAUAAACCGUACAGAUAAUUUAACAAGACAGAUGAAGCGCUCAGCAACCUGGUUUUCAGAAUGCCUUGUGAAGAACUGAGCUGAUCCCGACGGUUUAUUUCAAGCGAUUAAGACUAGCUUGAUGGAUGGGAAAGAGUUAAUUUGGCCAAUAUAUAUGGGACUAUAUAUCUAUCAACGGUCCAGAGAACUGGGUUGUAUCAGUAUUUCCUAGGUGUGCUGCACUGUAUGUUUCAAUAAAUUAAAACUUGGCAAUGUAACCAAGUUCAAUUUCAAUGUUAAAAAUCUAUGGUUUAUAUGCUCCUCUGAUUUUCAAAUAAUAUUAUUUGCCAAGCCACUCUAAAUCCAGGGGCGACGAUCUUGAGUUUUAUAAUGAUGAUGAAUUCAGUGUUACAGCGAUUACAAAUAAUGAAGGUGUUGAAAUAAAGAGUGUUGGUGCACGGAUGUUGCAUGAA